ACAAACGGAAGACCAAAAACCCUUCCUUCUCCGCUUCCAUUUCCAAGAACCCUAAGAAAAGAAAAACCAUGUCGUUCAAUUUCGUCGUCAACAAUAUGCAAACUCUGAUAGAUGCUUUAGCCACAUUGGGAGUGGCGGAUCAACUGGCAGAUGCAACAUUUUCACCGGAAAUGUUCUGCGUAAUGGUGGAUUCAAAUGUUUCCAUUCACAGCACCAUUGGCCUUCAACUCUGGCCUCCAUUCUUUGAUCAUUAUUUCUGCAGCGAGCUUCAAUAUUCUUGGUUCUUCUUCAAUGAAAUUUUCCCUCUUGCUCAAGAUUUGCAGGAUUCCGGUUACACUUCUUUCUCCUUCUCUAUUGGCCCUAACCCUGACCUAGCCCAAAUCAAAUUCCAAGGCCCCAAUGGGCUUCUUCAUGAAACUAAUUUCGAGUUGGUUUAUUCCCAUCAUCCACUGCGCAUCCCCGAUUUUGAUCUGUCUGUUUUUGUUUCCAUGGAUUCUCAAGAAUUCUCCAACGUUAUCUCUCAGUAUCAUAUGUUUGAUGACGUUCAUGUCACUAUAACGAGUGAACGAGUGAUAUUUUCUUAUUCAAUUAUGCAAGAGACAAUUCUUAAUCAACAGAAUGGGCAGUGCAUAAUCGGAGGUAUUAAAGCACCAAAUCAAGUUCAAUUCAUUUUAACUUUGGGUCCAUCAGAAGUUUUCAACCAUAUUGCAAGUCAAACGAAGAGGGUAUGGUUUUUUAAGCAAUGUAAUUCCAAUAAAGGUUUAAUUACGGCCCCUCUUGGAUUGAAUGGUCGACUUGUUGCUUGUUUCUUUGAUGUCUUUGCCGAACAUCUAUGAUUUACAAACAUGACAUGUAAUGGGAUAUUACGUGUACUUUUUUUCUCUUUUUUGUACAAAAUAAUGACAUACACUCAUUAAGUAUAGUGUUGGAGAUUGUAUAGACCCUGAAAUAUACAUGUGAUUUGAAAACUUAAAA